AUGGCUUUGCAAGAUGUCUGCAAGUGGAAGGCUCCUGACACCCAGGAACUAUCCCUUCACUUACCUCAGCAUGGCAGCUGGGCUGUGCCACGGGGCUGUGACUCUCAAACCUUCUUGCAUGUCCAUGGCCCCAGAUUGGCCCACGGCACCACCACCCUGGCCUUCCGCUUCCACCAUGGUGUCAUUGCUGCAGCCGAUACGCGUUCUUCCUGUGGUAACUAUGUGGCCUGUCCAGCCUCACUCAAGGUCAUCCCUGUGCACCAGCACCUCUUGGGCACCACGUCUGGUACUUCUGCUGACUGUGCCACAUGGUAUCGGGUGCUACAGAGGGAGCUGAGGCUUCGGGCACUGAGGGACGGUCAGCUGCCUAGUGUGGCCAGUGCAGCCAAACUCUUGUCAGUCAUGAUGUCCCGUUACCGGGGUCUGGAUCUGUGUGUGGCCACUGCCCUCUGCGGCUGGGACCACUCUGGCCCUGCCCUCUUCUAUGUCUACAGUGAUGGCACAUGCCUGCAGGGGGACAUCUUCUCAGUGGGUUCUGGAUCACCUUAUGCCUAUGGUGUGCUAGACCGGAGCUACCACUAUGACAUGACCAUCCAGGAAGCCUAUGCCUUAGCCCGCUGUGCUGUAGCCCAUGCCAUCCACCGUGAUGCCUACUCAGGGGGCUCAGUGGACCUUUUCCAUGUACAAGAAAGUGGAUGGGAGUAUGUAUCUCGUUCUGAUGCCUAUGUGCUGUAUAUGGAGCUGGAGAAUCUCCCAGAGUCAAAACAGGAGCUGCAGGUGGAAACCAGCCAGAUCUAUACUGAAGCUGCCACUUUGCCCAGGGCGGAAGUAGGUGGAGAAUUCUCUGUGGAGCCAGAGGAGGUGACCCCAGAAGACUCCAGGAUGCCAGCAGAGACUGAAACACUGUGA